ACCCAAUUAAAAAGGAUGCUGGCAUUCUCUUUCGUUGUCAUUCGAGUCGGUGCGGACUUGAACGCUGCCUGCUUUUCAGAGCUCGUCUGCUAGAGCGACGAGGAGGGCUUCACAGCUGAGGCUCGGCGUCACGCGGUGCCGAUCAUUGUCCCCCUCACACUUUCUAACGAGCCAUUUCACAACAUCCACACAACGGACCUCGCCACGCAGCAGCAGCAGCAGCAGCAGCAGCCGCCGCCUCCUUUCCACGCAAACAAUUUGGAUUAAACGCGCCGAUGUGGCCAGCGGUGGGACUUGCUGCCACUUGGUGUCUUUUUUACCCAUCGACUGACGCUCGCUUGCAAAGGGCAGAAGUGAUUCGCGUGGGUUCGGAUGAACCCCCAACUCCGAGAGGGCACUUUUUGUUCGCACGCGGGGCGUCAUGUGCACGUUGGAGCAUUUGACGCGCGCGGCGCCGUCCCGAGAGUCCGAUUUGGGAUUACACUGACACCCCCGGCUGGCCGCCUUUAUUGACUUGAAGCAAAAAGGGGGGUCGAUUCCCGGUUCCCGGUUCCCACUCCCAGGCGGCUUUGGAGUCCGUUCGGCCGUCCUUCGGGCUCCUGCGGGACUCCAUGCAGUCGCAAAGGCAGAGGAGUGAAGGGCGACCCCGAGCUGGAUGGAUGGUUAUGGGGAAGAGAGGCAGACCCUCGGCGAUUGAAGUGUGCAGAGUCUUCGUCCUCUUUUUGUCGCUCCUGCCCUCAGUGAGUCUGCAGUGCAAGAUCCUCAAGUGCAACUCUGAAUUUUGGGCCUCCACGACGAACUCUGGGCCGGAGGAGGAGUUCUGCACGGCGCUGCGCGCCUACAACGGCUGCGUGCGGCGCACCGCCCGCACCUGCCGAGGCGACCUGGCGUACCACUCGGCCCAGCACGGCAUCGAGGACCUCAUGAGCCAACAUAACUGCUCCAAGGAGGGACCCACGUCGCAGCCACGCGGCCGCACGCCGCUCCCGCCCGCGGCGGCGCCGCCGCUGCCGCCCGACAGCCAGGAGCGCUCGGACGGCCCGGAGGUUUGCCACUACGAGCGCGGCUUCCCGCGCAACGCCGCGCAGCCCAACUUCACGCACUGCGGCUUCUUCGGAGACCCUCACCUGAGAACCUUUGGCGACGACUUCCAGACGUGUAAGGUGGAGGGCGCCUGGCCGCUCAUUCACAACAAAUACCUGUCGGUCCAGGUGACCAACACCCCCGUGCUGCCCGGAUCUUCUGCCACCGCCACAAGCAAGCUGACAAUCAUCUUCAAGAACUUCCAGGAGUGCGUGGACCAGAAGAUGUAUCACGCCGAGACGGACGAGCUCCCCGCCGCCUUCGCCGACGGCUCCAAGAACGGCGGCGAGCGCCACGGCGCCAACGCCCUGCGCGUCGUCGAAAAGGUUCCCGGACAGCACGUGGAGAUUCAGGCUCGCUACAUCGGCACCACCGUGGUGGUCCGGCAGGUGGGCCGCUACUUGACCUUCGCCGUGCGCAUGCCCGAGGAGGUGGUGCGCUCGGUGGAGGAGGACGACGACGACGACGACGACCAGGACUUGUAUCUGUGUCUGCACGGCUGCCCCGCCAACCAGCGCAUCGAUUUCAAAAAGGUGCGCAGCCAAGCCGCGGGCGGAACCCGCAGGUUCACUUACCAGUCGGCCAAGGCCAAGUGCAAGGAGCGUCUGCCCGUGGAGGAUCUCUACUUCCACUCGUGCGUCUUUGACCUCCUGUCGUCCGGGGACAUCAACUUCACCAUGGCCGCCUACUACGCCCUGGAGGACGUGAAGACGCUGCACUCCAAUAGCAAGCGCCAUCACAUCUUCGAGAAGGGCGCCUUCUCCGGUUGCGCCGCGACGCACGGGGCGGCCAAACGCUUCCUGCUCAACCUCCUGGCCGUCCUCUUGUGCUGCGCGCUUGCGCUUUAGCCACUUGAACGUUGUCCUCGUUCUCACCGCCGUGUCGUUUGCAGGGCGGCAACGGAAGCAGAGGUUUUCCGACAUAUUUCCGGAACGUUGGAAUUCCGGAAUUUUAGCGACUGUAUGCUCACGUUUUCUUCAGAAGGCUUGGGAAUGUCCGCCUGGGAUGAAAUGGACUGCAGUCCGCGGGGGACCUUUGAUGGAUUUCUGGCGAUCCUCCAUCGAACCCAAGCACCCCCAAAAAAGGACAAACGGCGUCAAAGUCAUUUUUGUCACGGGCCUCAUCGUAGUUUUGGUUCCCCCCCCCCCAAAUCGGACCGCUACGAUUGUGAAAGCGUAUCCGUGUAUAAUGGCCGCAUCAUAUAACAUAUGAUGAACCGGAUGUUAUCAAGGCGAUACGUUACACACCUGCACUCGAUCGGUCAAAUUCGCGGUCCGGAUACACCAUAGAAAAUGUUUUUUUGGAGGUAGUUUUUCCCCCUCCCACAAACUUUAAGCAUUUGUAAAGAUGGAAUGGGAGACUUUUGUAUGACAUCACUUUGAAUAAAAGGCAAAAGCAAGCUUGCCUCGAGCCAGUUCAAGUUUACUGUAAAAUUGGCACAUGAAACAAAAUAAGAAUUCAACUUUGUAUAUUUAAAUACCAAAAGGUUCAAACCAAACAAUACAGUUUUGUCUAACUUCAUGCUAACAGAUUGCGUAGCCAUACGUGGGAUAACGGAAAUCAGAAUGCACGUGACGACGGUCAUUCUCAACCUUCAAAUGACAGCGAUGUCCGACAAUGUGGGUCCGCUCAUGAUGAUCCAUUCGUUCACGAUUAGCGUGUUUUAUUUAAGACUUUUUGAAGAAAUUACUUUUUUGUAGUUGGUUGUUUUGCAUGUAAAACUGCAAGAAUUUCUUGAUUCCAUCACGUCAUUGAUCAAAUAUCUACUGUCUCCAAGUUGCGCGGUGGCCCAGGGCCAUCGGGCCACCGUUAAUGUCAGACCCUUGUGUUUGAUGCCU